CACCAUGGAGUUGCGAAUUUGUUACACCCAUUCGCUGUACAAGAUCCUUGGCUUGUGCUGCUUUUUGAUCAUCGCGCUUUUUCUAAUAUAUCCAUUGAAUACGUUUUCGAAUGCAAAUAAUAAGUUAUAUCCGCCUACCACUCGAGUUUCAAAGAAGUCUGAACCGCAGAAAUACUAUGUGAAAACAUCCAAAUGCCAUAUUCCGUUCGUUGACCCUUUUAACGACGAAGCUAUGGAGGUAUACAAACCUCAAACACUAAUCACCUGCUCGAAUGAUACCGAUCUCAUAUCAACAAAAUACAAUAAAGUUAUCAAACGGCACGUUCUGCACAUCGACGACGAAGUCGCCCAAAAAUUACUUCAUUUCACAGAUACGGAUUACAAUUGCUUUUACCGCGAAAUCAAAUAUGGAAAUCUUGUAGAUACUUACGACAAUCUUAAGGGCAAAAAGUACUUCACGAGUGGUUACGAGGUGCCAGUUCACGUGGAGGGUAUAAUCGUCGAGUGCCAGACUGCUGAGGAUCCGAUAGUCGUCCUCCAGAAAGACGCCUUCACCUUCAUCCAGCAUCGGCCGUUGCCCAAGGACCACAUAAAACCCAGGGCAGCUCGAAAGCCCAGUGUGAUAAUGUACGGUAUUGACUCUCUUUCCCGGAUAAACUUACGCCGAACUAUGCCCAAAGUUUUCAACUUUCUACAGGGCCCAGGAUGGUACGAGAUGCAAGGAUACAAUAAGGUGGCCGACAACUCAUUUCCCAACAUACUCGCUAUUCUCAGUGGAUAUUCGCCCAGUACGGCGAAAGAUAAUGUGUGCGAUACUGAUGAUGAAGGCUGCUUAGACAAAAUGCCAAUGAUAUGGAAGUAUUUCAAGAAUGCCAGUUAUUUGACAGGAUACGCGGAGGACGAGAGUACAUUUAAUCAUUUCACCUUCAAUAAGCCCGGAUUCUCUAAGAAGCCGGUGGACUACUACUUUCGCCCAUUGCUUAAGGCUCUGGAGACCGAAAUGGAUGUGUACCGAUUGCCGGGAAAUGACAUAAUACGAUACUGUUUGGGACGCAAGAUAGCGAAUCGUUAUAUCUACGACUAUGCCCAGCAGUUCACGCAGCGUUUUGUCCACGAUCGUCCCAUUUGGGGAAUGUUCUGGUCAACUCACUUCAGUCACGACGAUCCAUUUCUGUGUUCGUCCAUGCAGGAAAAGAUUCUGGGAGAUCUGCUCGAUAUGCACGAGGAUGGGGCUUUCGAGGAAACGAUUAUGAUAUUUUUCGCCGACCAUGGAACAAGAUUUGGCAAGUUGGCUGAUCUGAAGGAGGGCUAUCUGGAGGAGAGGCUGCCCAUGAUGUUUAUAUAUCUGCCUCCCUGGUUCCGUGAGACAUAUCCUUCCUAUGUGAGGGCUCUAGAACUAAAUCAGCACAGGCUUAGUUCCAACUUUGACCUCCACAAUACACUGAAACAUAUCAUAGAGCUGGGGGGUACCCCAGAUGGUCAAACGCUACCCAAGUCCUUCGACUGCCCCACCUGCCAGUCGCUAUUCUAUCCUCUGCCGGAGGGCCGUACCUGUUCGGAGGCGGGCAUUGAGGAGCACUGGUGCACCUGCGAACCCUACAGGACUAUCACGGGACUGAGUUGGACCACUCCAAUUGCCCAAAGUGUGAUCGAUCGAAUGAACGAGUAUUUCGUUCGAAAGAACCUAACAAGCCUUUGCAGCAAUUUGACGUUGGACUAUAUCCAUAAGACUGAGUUAAAGACGGGUCUGAACAUCGAUUGGCACCAAAAAAUGAAAGAAAUGGAAACUGCCGUUUAUCGUACUAAGUUCAAAGUGAAACAGAAUAGUGCUGACUUCCAAGCUACAGUGGUGUACCAUAAUUCCACCAAAUAUGCCCAGGUAGAUGUGGAACAAAUCAGCAGAACAAACUCCUACAAAAAUGACUCCACAUGCAUUGAUGAUAAGCUUGCAAAACUAUAUUGUAUUUGUUUCAUUGACCUCACAAAAAGCUCUUAAGUACAAUAUAAAGUUCAUACCUUUACGUUAGUUUUUUCCCUGGUUUCCGUAAUUCGUGGUAUUUAGCCUCGACAAAAGACCGCAGCCGUCGUGCCAAACUAUGUAUCUAAUAGUUUUUCCCAGUAUAUGUACAGGUUCCUUAACGAACCAAACUGUAGAUAUUAGUUAUAUAUUAGUAAUAUGUGCUUAACAUCAAACAUUAUUUGUCUCACUCGUCAAAAAAGUAUCUACUUAAAAUUUGUUUAUAAAAUUUUAUGUUGAAUGUGAUAUUGAAUAUUUGAUAUCAAUUUAAUAUUUGAAAACCAUGAUGAAGAUUAGGAAGUUUAUAAUUAUUUUUUUUGCCAUGCUCGUUGUAUUUAUAUGGUGCAAUCACAUUAGUCCUGACAGGCUAGGAAGUCCUGUUGACCAAAUUGACUCUGUUGAUAUCAAAGUUGUUAAUCAAAAUGCUCAACAGCUUAUGCAACAACGCAAUCAGAAAAGGCCAAACUCGGAUGGAAUUCAGCGUUCGACGGAUGCCGAAAAUAAAGUCCUUUUGAAUAAUUAUCAACAUGUGAAGAAACCCAAAGAAUAUUUGGACAAUCCGAAGGAGA